AAAUAGAAAUUUUGCAAACCAAACUAGGAAGGAAAUUAGGAAAUUACAUUUUCCAAGCUAAGAUUUUAUAUAAAUUAUAUUUAAAUAGAAAAUUUUAAUAAGCUUCAACUAUAUUUUCUCUAUUUGUUCAAAAUGUCCAGAUUUAGUGGUGUACUACAGUUGACUGAUUUGGACGAUUUUAUCACCCCAUCUCAAGAAUGCAUUAAACCUGUUGAAAUAAAGAAAACCAAAACUACUGGUACCGGUUCCAAAAUUAAAAUCGAAGAUGACGGGUCUUAUUUUCAAAUAGAACAGGAUGGUUCUUCAGAAAAAUUACAAAAAGUAGAGAUAACUUUGGCAGAUUGUUUAGCAUGCUCAGGUUGCAUAACAUCAGCAGAAAGUGUUCUUGUAACACAACAAAGUCAAGAGGAAUUACUGAGAAUAUUUGAAGAAAAUAAAAAGUUAAAAUUGGACGGUAAAUUUGACGAAUCAAAAACAAUAAUAAUAUCAAUAUCCAUUCAACCAAUACUAUCUUUAGCUGAAAAAUACGAUCUAGAACCAAACGAGUGCGCAGCCAAAUUAGCCACCUAUUUCAAAAAUCUUGGAGCUGAUAUGGUUGUUGAUAUGACUAUAGCUGAAGAUUUCUCAUUGAUUGAAGCUCAAAGAGAAUUUAUAAAAAGAUUUAGAGCUACCGAACAGGAUGGAGUAAAGAAUAUUUUACCAAUGUUAGCUUCGAGUUGUCCAGGCUGGGUUUGCUAUGCGGAAAAAACCCACGGUAGCUAUAUUUUGCCGUACAUUUCCAGCACAAAAUCUCCCCAACAAAUAAUGGGAUCAUUAAUCAAGCGAUGGGUUGGGCACAAUAAAUCAAUUUAUCAUGUAACCGUUAUGCCUUGUUAUGAUAAGAAACUUGAAGCUGCUAGAGAGGAUUUCUUUGAUCAAGAAACUCAAAGUCAUGAUGUUGAUUGUGUUAUUACUGGAAUUGAACUGGAACAAAUGCUCCAACAAGCAAACAUAUCUUUAAAAUCUUUGGAAAACUCAACAUUUUCCAAGCCUUGGUUAUCAAAUACCAAUACCGAGGAAGCUCCAUGUUUCCAUCGGCAUAUAGGCUCAGGUUCGGGAGGAUAUUCUGAUUAUAUUUUUAUAAAUUCUGCAAAAGAAUUAUUCGGAAUUACUUGUGGUAAUGUUGAAUAUAAAGCUUUGCGGAAUCCUGAUUUUAAGGAAGUUAUAUUGGAAAAAGACAACAAAGUUUUAUUAAGAUUCGCUAUUGCCAACGGGUUUAGGAAUAUUCAAAAUUUAGUUCAGAAAUUGAAAAAAGGCAAAUCGCAAUAUCAUUAUGUAGAAGUGAUGGCAUGUCCGUCAGGUUGCUUGAAUGGUGGAGCUCAAGUGAGACCAAGAGAAGGUGUAACAGCAAAAGAAGUGACAGUAAAACUGGAAAAGUUAUACCAAAAUCUACCAGUGACCACCCCAGAAGAAAAUUAUGUGCUGAAAAGUUUGUAUGACAGUUGGUUGGACGGGCAAGAUAGUGACAAGGCUAAUGUAGUGCUUCAUACCCAAUAUCAUGCUGUGGAAAAAGCUUCAAAUGCUUUGAAUAUUAAAUGGUAGAAAAAGCAAUUUGCUUCUUUCCAAUUAUUAAUUACAAGUUUAUCUACAGUUAACUUUGGAAUGGAAAAAUUGUGCUCCAAGAAGUUUAUUCUCUUCUAGUUGAAAUCACCUACAAAUUGGUUUGAUAAUGACUUUAGAAAUUGAGUAAUGAAAUUGUAAUUUAUGUUGUUUUUAAAGCAUAUAUUUGUUUUUUAAUUUAAAACGAGUAAAUUUUCCUAAAUUUCAUUAGUUUUCAAAUAAUCCAUAUCAUCAUUGUCUAUUAAAUGAGUGCUCAAAAAUUCAUCAACAGAGUCGGUAUUCCAUUUCUCAAUUGCCACAGUUUCUUGUAAAUGACCGUCUUUGUCGUACAAUUUAAUAAUGGGGUCCAAUCCUAGAUAAAUAAAAUAAUUAUUAUAAAAAUACUUUUUCAUAGCUCGUAAUUACCUCUAACAUAUUUGAUCUGUAAAUUGGGAAACUUAGCAGGCCUGUCGCUCUUAAUGAACGCCUGUAUUUGAGGGUAAGCCCCGAAUUUGCAAGUGCACACUUCCAGCACCGCUUUGGCGUAGUUUUUGUUUUCUUGGCCGUUUUCGUCUGGGCUACAGCAUUCUCUACAGUGGUCU